UGCAUAUAUGGCAAUUUAAUUUUGAAGCCUCGAUUUCUUACGUCUAAUGGAUCUUGUUAAAGCUGAUCAAGAAGCCUCCUCUUCCAAAGCAUAUCAAUCUCGACGUAGUUACCACGUUUUCUUGAGCUUCCGAGGUGAAGAAACUCGCAACACUUUCACCGAUCACCUCUAUUCAGCCUUGGUCAACGCAGGAUUUCACACUUUCCGAGAUGAAGAUGAACUGGAGAGAGGAGAAGGAAUCCGGCCGGAACUGGAGAAAGCAAUCCAACAGUCACGAAGUUCUGUUAUUGUGUUUUCUAAAGACUACGCAUCUUCUACAUGGUGCCUCGACGAGCUUGUCAUGAUUCUUGAACAUAAGAGGACCUCCGAUCAUGUAGUUUUACCAGUAUUCUACGAUGUUGAUCCAUCAGAUGUGAGGAAACAGAGUGGAAGCGUUGCAAUGGCAUUUGCUAGACAUGAGACAAAACAAUCUCCGGAGAAGUUGAUUCAGUGGAGGGCAGCACUUACAGAAGUCUCAAAUCUGGCAGGCAUGGUGCUACAAGAUCAAGCUGAUAGGCACGAGUCAAAUUUUAUCAAAAAAAUUGUUAACGUGAUUGAAGCCAAGCUAAUUAAUCCCACGCCCUUCAGUGUUACUCCCUACCUGAUUGGAUUUGAUCAUCAAGUCAACACCAUUAACUUAUGGCUACAAGAUAAAUACUCAGAUGUUGGCCAAUGCCGUAUAUUGGUACUGAAGGGGGUUGGUGGAGUAGGAAAGACAACCAUUGCAAAAGUUGUUUAUAAUUCCAAUUUUAUAAGAUUUGAAGCAAGCAGUUUUCUUGAAAGUAUAAGAGAAAUUUCAGAACAACCCAAUGGCUUAGUUCAGCUUCAAAGACAAUUUCUUUCUAACAUUUUGAAUGGGAGAAAAUUGAAAAUUCACAGCGUCAGUGAGGGCCUCAAAAAGAUUCAAGAUCACGUUAGCUCUAAAAGUGUUCUUCUUGUUCUUGAUGAUGUGGAUCAUACGGACCAAUUAGAUGCACUACUUGGGAUGGAAGGCUACUUCUGUUCAAGAAGUAAAAUCAUUAUAACAACAAGACGUGCAGGGUUGCUCAAGCUUUAUAACAAUGUUAAGGAGUAUCCUAUUGAAACUUUAAACCCUCCUCAGUCACUGGAACUCUUUUCUUGGCAUGCGUUUGGCUGGAUCUGUCCAUGGUAUAGUUACACGGAACUUUCGAAAAGGGUAGUUGAACACACAGAAGGACUUCCAUUAGCUCUGCAAAUUUUGGGUUCUUCUCUAAGAGGACAAAUGGUCGAUGUUUGGGAAAGUCAAUUACAGAAAUUGGAAGCUAUUCCCAGCAAUGAAAUCCUAAAUAGGCUGAGAAUAAGCUACGACUCCUUAGAAGAUGACCACGACAAAAAUUUAUUUCUCCAUAUUGCAUGUUUCUUUAUUGGAAAGAGCAAGGAUGUCAUCAUCAGGCUAUUAGAUGAAUGCGGGUUCUACACAAUUGUUGGCAUUCAAAAUCUCAUUGAUAGGUGUCUAGUGACCAUUGAUCGAGAUAACAAGGUGAUGAUGCAUAAAAUGAUCCGAGACAUGGGCAGAGGAAUUGUUCACCUGGAAUCAAGGUAUCCUGAGAAACGUAGUAGAAUAUGGCACCAUAAGGAUUCUCUGAGUGUAUUGAGAAAAAAGAAUGGUUCGGAAACAAUUGAAGGUCUAAUCUUGGAUACACACAAGUUGGCCUUGGAAACCAAUGCAUUUACUAGGAUGCGCGGAUUAAUAUUCCUCCAACUUAGUGGUGUAGAUGUCAUUGGUUCUUACGAAGCAUUUCCUGAAAGAUUGAGAUGGUUGUGCUGGCUUGAAUUUCCUUCGAGUUUCAUACCGAUCAGUUUUCCUCUGAGGAGCCUGGUUGUUCUUGAAAUGCAAUACAGCAAAUUGAGACAAUUCUCAAAGGGUUCAAAAUCAUUUCCAUCACUAAAAUACCUUGAUCUCAGUCAUUCCAAAGACCUUACUGAAAUAGGUGAUUUCUUGAUGCUCCCUAAUUUAGAGAAAUUGAUCAUUGAAGAUUGUGCAAAUUUGCUCAAAGUCCACAAAUCCAUCGUAAACCUAGAGAAGCUAGAUUACUUGAAUAUGAGAGAUUGCAAAAAAAUCAGGAAGCUUCCAAAGAACAUUAACAAGCUGAAAUUACUGGAAGUGCUUAUCAUAUCUGGCUGCUCAAGUCUUAGCAAAUUUCCAGUUGAGAUCGGGAUGAUGGAAUCUCUUAAAGCGUUGGAAGCCAAUAACAUUUCAAUAGGUCGGUUACUAGCUCCCAUUGGGAAGGUCAAAUUAUGGCCAGGAAAGAGUGUAAAUAACUUUUGGUUUCCCUCCGGUAUAGUUCAGUUGAGACUCAGAAACUGCAAUCUGUGUGAUGAUAUCUUUCCCAGAGACUUCGGUAACCUAGCCUCACUGAGAUAUAUGGAUCUAGGGGGUAAUGCAAUCUCUAGCUUACCAGAUUGCAUCAGGAACCUUAGCGGGCUUGAUUGUCUUGAUUUCGGGUUUUGUAAAAAUCUCAAAUCGCUUGAAGGGUUACCAGGAGUGAGUGAAGCCAUAGAUGCGACCUUUUGCGAGUCGUUGGAAAAAAUUACAUUUCAAUCAAUCUCGUGCAUGCCAAAGAAAAUUGAAAUGUUCAACUUCAGGUCCAAACUACGUGAGAUCCAGUUCUGGUUCAAGAUAGUAUCCAUUGAAGAUGAAAAAGAAAUGAUUAAGAUUUUGGGCUUGUGUAACUUGGAAUGCAAGGAAAAGAUUAGGAUGUGUACCCCUGAUUUGUCUGAUGGGUGGAAUACAGAUCGUCCCAUCCAGGGACUCUAUGAAUAUGGUAUAUUUAGCACAUUUGUUCCUGAAAACAGACCGGAGUUUGUACGACAAUUCAGCUACAGUAAUGAUGUAUUCCAACAAUCUAUAACUGUCCCUGUGCACCCUAAUCUCAGGAUUCGAGGUGUCAACAUAUACGUGAAUUUUAUGAUCGGACUGACGCCUCUUUUAAUUACUACCAGUCCAAUAGUUGUAAUGGUCGCUAAUGCUACUAAGAAUCUGACCUGGAUCUAUGUACCUUCAUGCUACGGCAAGUCCCGCAACAGCAUUGCGUGGUUAAGCCACUGGAAGUUUGGGGAUCAAUUGGAAGGUGGCGAUGAGGUGAUUGUUUACGUAUUUUCGCCGGAUAAUUGGGUGGAGGUAAAAGAGCUUGGCGUCCAGAUUGUGCAUGAGGAAGAGAAGCUGAGUGCCGAAGACAACUUCGCUGAAAAUGGUCAUGAUCGAGAUAGUGUUAAUGAUGUGAUUGGUGGAGAUUUGUCCGAACUAUAUCAGGUGUGGCCAGGAGUGUAUUUUUUUUGUGGCGGACCUAUAUUACAUCGAAGACAACUAUAUGUUGAUUGGCUAAUGCAAUGGCCAGCAAUCAUGGAUAGACAACAUAAGGGCGGCAAUCUUACAAGGGGUCCAUGGGUUGAUGCAUUCCCCUAAUCAGUUUAUUUUGUGGGACUUAACUCCUCAUUUCAUUGUCUUUAGUUGUAACGUUGUGUUCAUAGCAUGACUAAUAGUAACCGAGCCACCGAUCGAUGUCUUCAUCAAUUCUCGUUUCAGUAGCU